UGGAGACUGGUUCUUUCAGAGGAAUUUCUGAACCACAUCACUAGCCACAAACUUCAAUCUCCAACUCUCCAUCUCUCUCUCUCUCUCUGGUACGUCCAUUUAUUUGUUGCUGCCCUUUCUAGGGUUUCCACCAUUUAUAGACCCCGCCUCCGUAGCUCUAUAGGGCUUUUCACACUAGUAUCAAAAUCCACCAACUCAUGCUUUGAUUGCCUUCACAAUCGUCCAAUCAGUACCCAAUUGUAAAGUCUCUGACUUUGGGGAUUUCAGGACUUUGUGCCACUGAAAUCUCAUCUGGGUGGUCAUUCAAUUGGCUUAAUUUCACUGUUUUCGAUCAGGGUAUGAUUUCAAGACUAGAUUUUUUUGAUCUGGGUUUAGCUAUUUUGGUCAAUUUAGAGUUUAGGGGUUGAAAUUUCAUUUGGGCUGGGGUCAAAAUUUGAACUUUGGGUGCUUUUUGUACUCAAUUUGAGGAUUAGGGUUACUUUUUGUGCUCAAAUUGGGGAUUAGGGUUCGCUCUUUCAAGCGCCAUGGACGAUGGAGAGCUUGAUUUUUCGAACCAGGAGCUUGAUUUUUCGAUUCCAAACAUGACCGGUGAGCUUCCGAGUAGUUGCUCAAUGGAGAACAUAUUUGGUGACUUCUUCAAGGAGGCUGACACUUCUUGCACUCACAACCACAUUUGCAACCCUCCUUCGGGCCCUGACUCGUCUCACAGGCACACCUGCAUUCAUGUCCACACCAAGAUAUUGUCGUCGGGGGCGAGUGAGGACAAGGCUGGAACUGAUGAUACUGCUGAGUCUGGGGAGAAGAACUCGAAGAAGAGGCCUUUGGGGAACCGGGAGGCGGUUCGGAAGUACAGGGAGAAGAAGAAGGCUCGAGCUGCUUCGUUGGAGGACGAGGUGAACAGGUUGAGAGCGGUCAAUCAGCAGCUGAUGAAGAGGCUGCAGGGCCAGGGUGCAUUGGAGGCCGAGAUUGCGAGGCUCAAGUGUUUGCUUGUGGACAUUAGGGGGAGGAUUGAGGGAGAAAUUGGGUCUUUUCCGUAUCAGAAGCCAAUGAACCCGGGUCUGCAGAAUCCAAACAUGACCAGUGCUUACGUGAUGAAUCCGUGUAACAUGCAGUGUGAUGAUCAGGCCUAUUGCCUUCAACGAGGGAAUGAUGGAAAACGUGGAGAUGGAGUAGGGAUGAAUGGCCAAGGGUUUAGUGGUUGUGAGUUUGAGAAUCUUCAGUGCUUCACGAAUCAGGAUGCAGGAUCAGUGGGGCUUUCUGGAUGUGAUCUUGGAAAUGUGAUGUUAGAAUCAAAUGGCAAUCUUUCUGGCACAAAGAAGAGGAAAGGAGGGGCUCGAGCUGCAGCAGCGAAUUGAAGGGAUGGAAAGUUGUUCUCAAGAGUAAAUAUGGUCUUGCAAUAAGUAGUUUGUCAAACUGCAACAUCAGCUUUCCCCUCAGGUCGUUCUGCAUUUUAUAGAGUUAAAUUUUCUAAUUGAACCACUGUUGGGUUCUUUGAAAGGGCAUGUUUUACUUUUAUCAAGCUAAAGUUUUCUGGAAUCACUGGUAUUUUAGUUUCUAUCAGAGAAUAAUAUAAGUAGAACUUAUGGCGGACCUCAACUUCAUGGUUUUCAUGGAACUCAUAUUCAUUUAUUUUCUUCUUCCAAA